GGCCUUGGGACAUUUGUCAGGAGGAUUGCAGUCUGAGGUCAGCCUGAGCAAAAAGUUUGAAAAACCCCAUCUCAACUGAGAAAGGCAAGGUGUGGUGGUAAAAUGUCGGUUCCUGGACCUUACCAGGCGGCAGCGGUGGGCCCAUCCAUGCCCACCGCACCCCCAUCCUAUGAAGAGACCGUGAACAGUUACUACCCAACAGCCCCAGCACCCAUGCCGGGGCCUGCCACGGGGCUGAUGGCAGGCCCAGAUGGGAAAGGUGUGACCCCACCUUCGUAUUACACCCAGCCCGGGCCUGCGCCCAACCCCAACGCAAUUGCAGUGCAGACCGUGUACGUGCAGCAGCCCAUCUCCUUCUUCGACCGCCCCAUCCAGAUGUGCUGCCCCUCCUGCAACAAGAUGAUCGUCACCAAGCUGUCCUACAACGCCGGCGCCCUCACCUGGCUGUCCUGCGGGAGCCUCUUCCUGCUGGGGUGCGUGGCGGGCUGCUGCUUCAUCCCCUUCUGUGUGGACGCCCUGCAGGAUGUGGACCACCACUGCCCCAACUGCAAAGCCCUGCUGGGCUCCUACAAGCGCUUGUAGGCCCAGGCCAGGCUCCUGUCCCCGCCCAGCGGGGAGGCCCUGUGUCUUCCCUCUGCAGGGGCUCCACCUCUUUGUCUUUUUUGGGGGGCAG